GCCUUAACAAACACACAUAGCUCCGCUGGUAGAGAGAAUAAGCAAUAAAAGUAUUCAGUCAUUCUGAGAAAUGGAGAGCUUGAGAUUCCCAGUCAUCAACUUGGAGAAACUAAAUGGUGAGGAGAGAGCAUCCACCAUGGAAAAGAUUAAAGAUGCUUGUGAGAACUGGGGCUUCUUUGAGCUGGUUAACCAUGGGAUAUCCACUGAGGAGCUGGACAAUUUGGAGCGGAAGACAAAAGAGCUCUACAGAAAAUGUAUGGAACAAAAAUUCAAGGAAUUGGUUGCAAGCAAGGCUUUGGAAGGCGUUCAAACUGAGAUCAAGGAUAAGGACUGGGAGAGCACCUUCUUUGUGAGCCAUCUUCCUGAGUCAAACAUAAAUGAACUCUCAGAUCUCGAUGAUGAAUACAGGAGGGUGUUGAAGGAAUUUGCAUCAAAAUUGGAGAAACUAGCAGAGGAGCUGCUGGACUUGUUAUGUGAGAACCUUGGACUAGAGAAAGGGUACCUCAAGAAGACCUUCUAUGGCUCAAAGGGACCAACUUUUGGCACCAAGGUUAGCAACUACCCACCAUGUCCCAAACCUGAUUUGAUCAAGGGACUCCGUGCCCACACCGACGCCGGCGGCAUCAUCUUACUCUUCCAGGAUGAUAAGGUCAGCGGCCUCCAGCUUCUCAAAGAUGGCCAGUGGAUUGAUGUGCCCCCAAUGCAACACUCUAUUGUGGUUAACCUUGGUGACCAACUUGAGGUCAUCACCAAUGGAAAAUACAAGAGUGUGGAGCACCGAGUGGUUACUCAAACACAGGGUGCCGGCCGAAUGUCAAUAGCUUCAUUCUACAACCCUGGCAGUGAUGCAUUUAUCUGUCCAGCUCCAGCAUUGUUGGAAAAAGAAGCAGAGGAGAAGAAACAAGUGUAUCCGAAAUUUGUUUUCGAAGACUACAUGAAGCUAUAUGCCGGCUUGAAGUUCCAGGCCAAAGAACCAAGGUUUGAAGCCAUGAAAGCUGUUGAAACCACUGUUACUGCUUAAUCUUUGUGUGUUGGAGUGGUGUGAAGUUUGGUUAUGAAUGGAAGUCAUAGCUUACUACAGUAUCAUAAAUUUUAUUGUUAUUAUUGAUUUGUGCACAACAACAUAUGUGCCUAUUCUGUAAGAGUCAUACCUUUGGUGCUUGACACUGUCUGGUCCAUUGAAGACAAAAUAAUAAUAUUCUUAAUCCAAAUCCCAAAUGAAAAUUUGUUUCAA